AUGGCAGCGGAGUACAUUCAGCUAGUCGGUACAGAUGUGCCUGGUAGUUACGGCAGCUGCUGCUUCAGUGGCCAGGUGCAACACGAGGCGCUGCGCUGCCCCACGCAGCCAUUGGCACUUUCUUCUCCAUCACCGACACCGUCAACGGGGGUGGCCACGGCAGUGAACGGCGAUGGCCAGCUUUUGUUUUUCAACUGCCCAGAGGGUACGCAGCGUUUCAGCUCCGAGGCGAAUAUGCGGCUGGUGCGCACGCGCGGCUUCUUUUUUACUCGGUGGGCCGUCUCGGCGGUGAUGGGCAUGCCAGGGCUCCUGUUCACAAUCAAUGAUGCCGGUGUUCGGCAUGCCAACUUCUUUGGCCCAAGCAGUUAUUCCCUAACUGUGGAGGACGGUGAUGGGGCCCAGACGCAGCAACCACCGUUUUCUGCAGGGCUGGAGGGCAUGCUGGGGGCAUUGCGACUGCACUACUUUUGGUACAGGACGAUGAGUUUCCAGCAGCUUCGCGUGGGAGCCGUGCUGCGCCAGUUGCCAACUGCAUUGCCGUGGAACUACGUGUGCGAGGUGCCACUGCACCCCUUGGAAGAAGGAGAGGGAGGAACUUCUGCUGAUCCACAUGACAUGCCAUCAUCGUCAUCUUCUGCAUCAUCCUUCUUUGUUUUGGCGUUGCUACUGAGCUCAACGAGCGCCCUCCUGGGCUUCCGCGUUUCGCGCAAGGCGUCAACACCAUCUGAAGAGACGUACGGCUACGCCAUUCUGCACGCACCCAAGGCGUGUUUUGAUCCGAAACGUGCAAAGGCGUUCGGUGUACCGCCGGGGCCCAUGUACGGUCAGCUUAAACAAGGCAUUGGUGUUUGGAUAGACGACGAACAGAGUCCUCCUUGUGUGGCCCAUCCCGCAGAGAAGUCACGCCGUUUUAUUCAUCCACGCAGCGUGAAACAGGCGACGGUGGGUAGUCGAUGCAUGUACGUCUCACUCGUGCUCGACGGGGAUGACAGCGGGGAGGUUGCGGAGGCGUUGGAGUCGCUCUUUGGUCGUGACGCAUCGAACCGUGGGGAUCAGCAGGAGGAGGGAGUGACUGCUGACGCGGAAAGCGAGAGGCUGCGAAGUGGUGAGCUUCGCCGGUUUCUCGUGCAGUGGCAGCCAUUCCUGUUGUUUUGUGAUGACGACCACGCCGCGUCGGGGGAGGCGACAGUCACGGCACAUCCACCGAUGGAGCGGACGCUUGUGCUCAGGCAUGUUGUGCAUGUGCAGUGCUCCGAUUUCUUUUCUUCGUUCGCGGCAGGCGCCGCGGGUUCGGUCGAGGCCCAUUAUGUCACAUCUAUCUUUACACGUGUGCAGCGUGAGGUUCGGGAGCAGGCAGUUGAGUCUUUCCGCCAUGACAGAUAUGGCGGUGACUCCGUUCUCGCUGCGGGAGCCAAAACUGGAACGAUGCAUCACUUUUGCGCCGUUGUGCAGCAGCAGUUCUCCGCUUUUCCCACCGCUCUCGCACACCGCUAUCAUCUCAACUGUAUUGCCAAUGCGCAGUUCCCCAUAACACUCCCAUCUGCGGGAGAAAAGGAGCAUGAAAGGAUGAAGGAGGAAACCGGCCGAAUAUGGCCGUACGCCGUGAAGCAUCUGUUAAUUCCUCCAGAGGCUGCCGGGCACAUCCCACACAACAAAUACAAUUUGGCCACGAAGGGUCCCGCCUUUCAUGUUGCGACGUUUUCUUCGUUGGUCCCUGGCAGCAAGCAACAGAAAAGGAAGGGCGGCAAUUCGAACAAGGAGGAUGUGUCAGUUCUGCUGCGGUACCCGACGGCACGCUCGGCUGUGGACAUGCUCUCACAAGAAUUUCGCUCUAUCGCUCGUAGAGUAAAUGAACAAAUGCAAAGUGUAUUGCUGUCUCCUUCUUCUUUUUCCUCGGUUUUUCAUCAUUCUCAUGGUGAUACCCACGACAAUUUCCAUGGCAUUUGUGGCCAUAAAGACAGCGGCAAUACGUGGCAUCUUGACGGCGGGGGGGCCCUGACGUUUUUGGGCACAGGCUCCGCCAUGCCAAGUAAGUAUCGCAACGUGAGUGGAACGUACCUGGAGGUGAUGUAUCAGGCUCGGAGCAGCACAACCCUUUCCCGGGCUGUUGUUGUGUUGGAUUUUGGUGAGGGGAAUGCGGGGCAGCUGGCGAUCUUUUGGGGCAAUGGCUUUGCUCAGGCACUUUUUCAGUUCUUUAAUGAUUUGGUAUUUGUGUUUAUUUCUCACGCACACGCCGAUCAUCACCUUGGGCUGAUGACGCUUCUUGAAUUGCGACAUCGCGUACGUUUGCAGGUGGAAAAACAGGAUUCAAUUUACAGCGGCAAUCUGAAUGAGCCUCUGCUUGUCGUAUGCCCGCAGGAGGUGCAUGAGUUUUUGCAGGAUACAUGGGGACGCUGUACGGCGUACCGGCAAUGGUUAGAGGAGGAGGUCGUUUAUGAUGUAUUUCCGGCCGAACGACAUCGGGUCGGUGAGGCUCCCGCCACAUCGGUGCUUCUGCCGCGUCUCAACGCGGUGUGUGCACGUCUUGACGAAAAGACGGCAGCAACAAACCAUUCAGAAAGUCAUGGAGCGUCACCGCCAGUGUGGGGUGCUGAAGUUUUUCCGGUGGAUCACCCUGCCAAUGCACACGCACUGCUCUUGCGCUUUCCCGCCCCAAUGGGGGCUACGACCGCGUCUCGUGUCUUUCUCUUUUCGGGCGACACACGACCGUCCCCGCUUCUUAUUGAGCGCUGUCGAAAGUUUACGAGAUGGACUUGCCGUGUCCAUGAGCAACGGGAAGAAGAACCGAAAGAGGAAGGGGAUGAUGGUCCAGGCGUGUUUCUCUGCCUCCAUGAGGCCACAUUUGGCGAGGACUGCGGGGAGGAGGCGGUACAAAAAUGUCAUUCCACUUUACCAGAGGCGCUGCAGGUGGCGGCGGCAAUCCGUGCGGAGCAUGUCGUACUUAAUCACUUCUCGCAACGGUACCCGAAGCUGCCGGGGCUCAUGAAGUCGCAGCUGAACGGAAGGGACGUUGACUUGCAUUGCAAGCGACGGAAACCGCGACCGCCGGAUGCAUUGACAGCCCUGACUGAAUCGAGUCUCUCUGAAGAGGCCGUGAAGUCACUUGAAGACGUCCAGAGGGGAGAAACCCCGAAAAGAAAGCCGCUGGAUACCCCAAGCUCCGGGGAACUGAAGAUGUGUUUUGGAUUUGACUUUAUGCGGCUCUCCUUUGCGUCGCUGGAGAGUCAACAGACGGCACAGCUGACGCCCCUUUUCGUGCAGCUGCUGGAGGAGUACGAGUCGUGGGGCGUUGGUACGACGAAACGGCUACGCGGGUAA